AUGUCUCUUCACAGCGGAAACUCCAGUGGAAGCAGCCACGUUUCUCUGCUCCGUCUCCCUUCCCCGAUUGAGCUAGAUGAAGAUCAUACCUUCUCCAAAUCUCUCUACCCCCUCGAUCACACAGACUACGAGCCAUGUCGCAAGAGGAUCAUCAACACCAGCUUCGGUGCUCGUCAGAUCAUCCGUUUCAUCAACCAUCUUGAGACCCAUGAUCCCACCCAGCACGACGCCGCGGUGAAGAGACUCGUCGAGAUUGGUGUCUAUGUGGAUGACCUGGUCCGUCUCUCGAAGCGUCGUGCUGAGGUUCCGUGGGAGGAGAGCUGGCCGUAUAAUUGGGAGAAGAAGCAGGGCCUGGUGUUGGGAUACAUGAAGAGGAACUUGCCUCGUUGGAUUGCGAUUAUGAAGAAGACUGAGGCUCGGGAGGCUGCUGAGGCUAUGGGUGAAGCUUCUGAUGACGAUGAUUCAGAAGAUUGCAUCACUGCUGAUGAGAUGGAUGAGACUGUAAUGACCGUCGGGAAAGAGGCUCAUCCAGAGGAAGAGGUGCAAGGUUGCGUGGACGUCGAAGAGACGCAAGGUUCGCCAGCUGAAGACGACGACACCUAUAGUGAGUCGCGUAUUCCUAAAGGUUCUAUGAGUCUCAGGGAGUUGAUUACAACCUAUCGCAAGGCUCAUGCGGAGCAGAAGCGAGCUGAACGGAUGCAGGACCAGAAGGAUGAGCUUGAUGUCUGA